CUUUAGCAGUGGCAUGCUUGUUGUUGGUUUUAUCAAAUGUGGGGAGAAAACCUGGGCUCAAUAUAAUGCAAACAUCCAUAUUGAUAAAAAGUUCACAGAGAAAUCUGAUGAAUCCAUUUCAAAUAGAAAUAAUAAUGAAUCAACAAUGGACUUUCCAAAAGAUCCUCGAAAAUUAUUUGAACAUUUCAAGCUCUUCUUCUUUAGUCUCUUUAAGGAUUUAGUCCUAAGUUUCGAAGAUCUUGAGCGAGAGCAGUCUCGUUUUCGAAAUUUGGACCAUAAAAAGGCUUUUGAAUUUGUGGAGAUCCAACUUUGGUAUGCCUACGAUGUUUUCUACACCAAGGCCUACGUAAUAUUUACUCGUAGGGGUAAAACAUUGUGUGCUAUUACUGCUUCCAUCACUAUCACAGUGUUCAUUUGCUUCUGCAUAGUUCAGGACACAACAAUGCACAGGAUAUCAAAGGUAGAUCAAGUUAUUACGUGGCUACUGGUGGUUGGAGUUGUACUUCAAGAACUUGUCACUAUAGGAAAACUACUAUUAUCAACAUGGAAGGUGAGGAUGCACCCUGUGGAUAUUCCUUUUUUUGAAAAGUGGAGGGGACUGAGGAACUGCAACUUAAUAAAUUUUUGUCUGCGAUAUAACCUAUAUUAUUGGAGUUUAGAGGACAUAAAGUCACGUCUUUUUGACAAAGUAGAUAGAACUUUCAAAGUAAAUGAAAUAUUGACAAAAAAUAUAUUUGACUACUUGUUAGCCAAAUCAAGUUCAACCUUACAACAAUGCACAGGUAAGAAUGGGAUGAAUUUUGCCAUUAUGGAGUCUGGUCUCAAGUCCAUAGAAUGGACCAAACAUGUAGAAUUUCACCAAAGCAUUCUCACAUGGCACAUCGCCACAAAUCUAUGCUAUCAUGGAAUUGAUGAUGUUGAAGGACUUGGACAAACCGUUAAAGAUAAGGUGGACAACAGUAGGAAGAUUUCUGAUUAUAUGUUGUAUCUUCUAAUCAUGCAACGUCACAUGUUGCCUAUAGGGAGAGGGGUGAUCACUGCUCCUGCCACAUUCACUGAAACAUCAAAACUUUUUCGAGAAUUGAAGGUAGAAUCUGAUAAUGUGCGUGAAGCAUGUGAGAAGUUGAUGCAGUUUGAUAAAGAAAGGAAAAGAGUCCGACCCGGCUCUGCUCUAUUCGAUGGAUGCAGCCUUGCGCGCUCUCUCAUAAAUGAAAUGGAAACUGUAAGGAGAUGGGAGUUCUUGGAGGCUAUGUGGAUUGAGAUACUUGGUUAUGCUGCCACACAAUGUAGGCCGGAACAGCAUGCCCAGCAACUGAGAAAAGGGGGAGAGUUUCUCUCUCAAAUUUGGCUUCUCAUGGCUUAUCUUGGUCUCAUUGAACAAUUCCAUGUCCAUUCUUCCUCCUCAAAGGACCAGUCCACUCAUCAUCACAUUAAUCAACAAGAACAAGGAAACAAUGAUGAAAGACUUCAAAUACCUGAAGAUAGAACUGGGGAAGGAGAAGUCAAUGAUAUUGAAGAAGAGAUUCCUUGAGUUAAUUGUUCCAUUGUACUUGUUCUUCUUUCAAUCUAUUUUUUUCGUGUGAUUAUGACAAACUUGGACCAAUAUUAUCAACAGCUUGUCUCUAUCUGUCGUGUAAUGUUAUAAUUCUUGGCUUGGAAAUUGGAUCAAAUAUGUAUUGUUUCUAGUUUAUUUUGGAUCAGAAGCUGAAUUCUAUGCUAUAUAUUUAACUGAUUAAUGCUUGUAGAACCGGUAAAGUGAGAAUUGAAGGGCUAAGCUGAAUGCUUCUCUAGUUGUUAGUAGUAAAAGCAUUAAAUCUUGGAAA